AAUGUCAAUCACAGCCUCUACCUGUCAAUAAAUUAGUCAAUCACCUCUGAAUUUGAGUACUGCCAAAUAACUAUGGUCUUUCCCUAAAAGCAGUCGUUUUGGCAAAUUAGAAAAUCCGAAUAAGUAACUGUGCCUUUAAUUAUUAGUUGUGCAGUAGCUUUUUAUGAUCUCCCAGACUAGAAAUAAAAAAGAGCUGCAGGUGUAGGCUAUUCUAAUAAGUAAAACCUCCUUAUAAACAUUCUAGAUAUGAUUUCACAAAAAAUGGACCAAAGACACCUGCACCUGGUACUUACAAGAUAGUAGGGGAAGUAGAUAUCAAUAAAACUAAAAAUCGUGGCUAUCCUUUUGGAGUGAGUAGAGAUGUAAUAUUAAAUUGUUAAUUCUAGAAAAUGUGGUAAACUGGGAUUAUGGGUGGAUUGAAUAGAGUAACUCCAGGUCCGGGAAAGUACGAAAGUCAAUCUACACUCAGCUAAACAAGAUAUACGAUGCGACCAAAAAAUUAAUAAGAUAUCAUGAUUCUUACCAAAAAUGUUCCAGGUUUUCAAGUUUAAAUAUUGUAGGACCGGGAGCAUAUAAUUCUGUUUAAGGAAUAGAUUCCAAAGGAAGAUAUCCAAUUUCCAAAUUUUCUAAUAGCUGUGCUACUCUAUUUAAUCCUCCUAGAUCAAAGAGAUUUGACAAUAAAUAAUGUAAAUUAAUUAUUCUAUUAAUUUCAGAUAGUAAUGAUGUUCCAGGACCUGGAAAUUAUAAAUUAGACAAUAUUGGCAUAUAAAGCGUAAUUUUAUUUAUAUAAUCUUUAAAAGACUGGAUUUUAUCCAAUUUCUAAUUUACAUUCUAGUAAAUGUAGAAGUUUUCCUCAUGAUAUAAGGAAAACUUAUUCAGUUUCCAGUAUGCAAACUCCAGGACCUGGUUAAUAUAGACUUCCUUCAGAUUUUGGAUAUUAUGAAUCUAAAUCAAAAUCAAUAUCUAGAAAUUGAU